AUGUCGUCAGCAGCGUACCGCAGGGAUUCCAGCGCCACCAAAAACAAGCGAGUCAUCACCGACAGCAACGUCCCUCUCGAUGAUGAGCUCAGAGGCAUCAAGCUCGACAUUCCGUUUCGCAACGCCCUAAAAUUCUUUGCCAGGCUGAGCGAAGCGGUCUUUCACGAAGCGUUCGAUACGAUUUACUGGGCCCUCAACUCUCGCCGAUCACGUGAGCACAGGACGUUUUGGGUCAAUGGCCCACGAGACUACGUGGGAAUCAACGCCCGAGAUCCCCUGGAAGAGGGUUUUGCCUUCUGGGAGCUGAACAAGACCCCGCGCCCCCCUGCCAAGUGUGAUCUUUGUGACAGGCUCUUUUCGCAGGAAAAGUACCUGUAUAUUCACGUACGUACGGGUCAGUGA